GUAUACGGAACGAAACGACGACUAACUGUAAUUGGUAAUGACGUUGUCACCGUCGAGUAGCUAUAAAACACGGAUUUUCAUCAUUUGGACCCAUUGCUUUCGUGAAAAAUAAAGAAAUGGCUCUUAUUCACUAUACUAAAACCUUAGUGUUAGCUUGUCUAAUGGUCGGAACUUCAGUGGCUCAGGUUAUUUCGCUAGGCGAAUGUCCAGUACAUCCGGUAGUGCAGAAUUUUGAUCUGGCAGCUUACUUGGGCCAGUGGUACGAGAUUAGCCGUUACGAGCAGGCCUUCGAGCGUGACGGCGAGUGUAGCAGGGCGGCUUACUCUUUGAACGAUGACGGAUCGGUUCGGGUGGACAACCGAAUGCUGGUUCCACCGGAAAGUGAAUUUCGGGUCGAAAUUGGACAGGCCUUUCUAUCAUUUCCGAAUGAGCAACCUCUUCAGGCUAAGUUGAACGUUAGCUUUUUUGGAUUACCCGCGGACAGAUCGAAUUAUUGGGUAUUAGAUACGGACUAUACUACAUUCUCGUUUGUGUGGAGUUGUUACCCAGUCAGUGAUAACAUAAAAGCAGAAAGCUUCUGGCUUCUCUCAAGAUCAGUUCCCUUGCCAGAAAGUGUACAGGAACGUGUGGAAGAGUUGACAGAUUUGUAUCUGGACCGGCGUCAAGUUAGACCCACGCAGCAUAAUCUGGAUUUUUGUGUAAACUAGAACCAUGAGCCUUCUCCAUGUUGUGACGGGACUGCUGCGUAGUUGAAGACAACUGUUAAAUAAGAAAUUUUCAGUAGUUUGAAUGUAAUUCACUAACGCACGCAUCUUGUUUGAAUAAAAUAUUAUCAUAC